AUGGUUGACCAAGAUAACUUACCAAGUUAUGAAUUAGAACAUACCGAACUGUUUGAAGUUAAAAGCGACAUUGAAAGUGUUGAUAAAAGAGAUGCUGAAAGUGACAUUGAAAGAAUUGCUGCAAAAGAGAUUGAAAGUGAUGCUGUUAGAGAUGUUGAAGAUGAUGCUAAAGAUUCAACCAACUUAUUACAAGAAAAUAAGCCGCUCAAUUAUUUAUGUGCUAUUCAUGAUACAAGUAAUCCUGUCGAACAACAAAUGAAUAUUCUGGACCAAAGAUUAAUGUAUGAUCACCUUUAUAGAGCAUAUAAAGUGGCUUUACAAAAGGCAUUGAAAGCAAAAUCGAAGUCACAACAUCUUAUCAAGAUUUUACAAGAAUUCGCUAAAAAUGAUGAAACUUCUGAAAAAUUUGAUAAAGAUGAUUCCUCAAGUGAUAAAGAAAAUUCUGGUAAUAGUUUACAGAAUCCUAAAAAAAGACGUAAUAGAGGAAGACCACUUAAAAUGAAGCAUCUUAAAGCAUUGCAUGAAAAUCAAAAUAGUGAUAAGCCAAAAAGGCGAUGCAAAAAGUAUAGUAAUUUAGAACAUUAUCAAAAGAAUUGUAAUACUUAG